AUGACUAAAAAGAAGCGGGAGAAUCUGGGCGUCGCUUUAGAGAUCGAUGGGCUGGAGAAGAAGCUGUCACAAUGUCAGAGAGACCUGGAGGUCGUGAACUCCAAGCUGUGUGGGGCGGAGCUGAGCUCAGAGGCCAGGAGGUCUCUGGAGAAGGAGAAAAGCAGCCUGAUGAACAAAGCCUCCAACUAUGAGAAGGAGCUGAAGUUGCUUCGGCGGGAGAACCGCAAGAACACACUGCUGUCUGUGGCCAUCUUCCUCCUCCUGACUGUUGUCUACGCCUACUGGGCAGCGUGA